AUGGGGGGGGUUCAGGAAUUGGAUACGGAGGAUGAGGAUGGCGCGGCCGCACGUGGCCUUGGGCUGUCUGCGAGGCGUAACACGCGAUUUGUUAGCGAUUCUCUUCGGUUCACGGGUAUAGACUUGGGCGAUCGGACAAGCGGCACGCUGCGCCGCCGGCGUUUGGGCGACUCGGAAGAAACCGACGAAGAUGGCUCCUCUUCUUCUCGAAGCGACGAUAUUGGCGACGACGAUAGUGCGUAUGGCGAAGAGCCGGCACCGCUUGCCAUCGAGGACCGGGAAGAGUCUUUGGUGCAAUCCGCGCUCCGGCGCAUCAGCAAGGCCCAAGCCAAGGGCAAGGCUGACGUCAAACUCAGCAAGGAGGAGCUCGGGGCCCUUGAGCGCAGACGCAAGCGCAUGCAGGAAGAGGAGGAGAGGCGGAGACAGGCUUCCAGCAGCGGCGGCGACCGCAAGAAGAAGAAGAAGGAGCAGCGGGUUGCCGUACCGCUCUCGCAACUCGAACCGAUAUCUCGCAAGAAGACGACCAAGGCUCCGCCCCAAUCUCAGCCUCCUCCUCGACACGCAUCCGCUGGAGACUUGCCCCAGGGACAUGGCUAUCCGCCAGCCGGGUUCUUUCCGCCUCCAUCCUCUUCUCGCCCUCGGCCGCGAUCCGGGACAACUUCUUCAAGGCCACCUAGUCGCGCCCAUGACGAGCGCGGCUCAUCUCCGUUCCAAUACGAGUAUGUGCCGCGAACGUCAUCUUCCAACAGGCACAUUUCCGACUCGGUGGCCCGACCCCGGUCGUCUCGAGGCUCUCCGCGUAUGGAGCCUUUGGUUCUGGGAGCUCGCUCCAACCUUGACCCUUUUCAAUUCCAGACUGCCGGACCUCGCGCAGCGUACGCUGCCAGUGCCGUUGGGUCAUCCAGACGGUACGUUUCUGGACCUGCUGAGAUGAUGUACGACUCGCAUCGGAGGAGAAGCGCAGCCCCCGGGAGUAGCCUUCACGCAUCUCACCGCAAGAGCUACGGCGAUGAGACGAGCGAGGAGAGUCAAGGUAGUGAGGACAGCAGCGACGACCGCGGCAAUGCGGCGCAUGUUGGAGAGCAUUCGGGGAGGAGAGGGGACGCGGACAUUGUUGUGGAGGUCUCGCCGGAGCCCGAGCCCGAGCCGCCGCCGCCUCUACCUCCGGUAACCAAAAAGAAGUCGUCGUCGCCGGUCAAGAAGAAGUCGAGUUCUGGAAGCAGGCGGAAGAGAAGAUAA